CCCCAUCAUCCAUUGCCGUCCCGAACUCCCGGCGUCCCCCGGACUCGUUCCUACCCCGUCCGCUUGCGCCUCCCUCUGCCCUCGCGCAUCCUGGCCAGAACCCGUGCCCCUGACCGCGCCGCCGCACGCAUCCCCCGAGCCUCCUUCCGCUUGUCGACUCUGCGCUCUGCUGCGUCCUGGACUGGGUUGCGCCCGAGCUGGUCGGUUCUGCGCUCCGCUGCUGGACCGGGGUGCGCCGAUCCAUUUGGACUUCGGGUUGAUCCAUCCGUUGUGUUAGUGGAAUCGAAGUAUUUUUGAGGCUGCAGAAAGAGUUCCUUAUAGAGUAAUCUAUGUACACAUAUUGAUGCCUGUGCCAAUGCGAUAAGGAAUUGUGUUGAUUUGAUAUUAUUGCAAGAUGGGCGAUGGGGUGGCUUUUGAGGCUGCAAGGAAGAUUAUCAUGCACCCGCUUUAUGCGCCAAGGUCUUCACCGUGGCUUGACUUGAAGGUGUUCUAUAUUAGGGUAAGCAACUGUGUGGUGGAUGAGUCUGCGCCAGACCAUCUCACACUGAACCACAUCCCUCUGUCACCUGAUACAGUUAUUGAGGUGAAUGGCCAGCGGAGCAGCAUGCAUACUGAGUUCAUAUCCUCCUCACUGAGGAGGGACAGGGUUGACAAAAGGACAGAGGAAGCUACUUUUGUGAGCACGGAUAAUAUACGGAUGACAGGGAGUGUGAGGUUCCAAGUGUUUGAUAAGAAUGAUCUCUUGCUCACCGGAGAUCUAGAUUUAUGCAAUGCCAAUGGAGUAGUUGGGGAAUCAAAGAGCAGCAGCAAGAAAUGGAAUAUGAAGUGUCAGUCAUCCACAUCAUGCAAUGGCUUCUUGAAGGGAAAGCUGUCCAAUGGCUCGGAAUAUGUACAACCUAUGAUCGAGGUUUAUGUUGCUGGAACUUUCUCUGGCACACCUAUCAUAUUAACAAAGACAAUUCAGCUGAUAUCACGAAGGAAGUCUGAAAUGAAACUCAAGCUUGAUUCCAUCCCUGAGAAUGAAGCAACUGAACAACAGAAGGAAGAGUCAGCUGAGGACACUUCGAAGGUAUCAGAAUUCCAGGAUUCCAAAUCUGAGACGGAUGUUGAUGUUGACUAUAACAGCUUGUACUCAAGGCAGGACUUUCUAGAGGGUGAGGAUGGUGAGCUUUCAUGGUUUAAUGCUGGUGUCCGUGUUGGAGUUGGAAUUGGCCUUGGCGUGUGUGUGGGUAUCGGUUUGGGUGUCGGCCUGCUGGUUCGUACAUACCAAAGCACCAGUAGGAACUUCAGGAGGCGACUGCCCUGAUCAGCAAAUGGUCCCCAUGAAUGUAGAUGUGUACUUACCUUGGUCUUGUAGGAAUCUAACUGUCCACCUUUCCUGUCCAUGCUAUAGUCACAGAUGAGUGUGGUUUUCUGUCCUUCCCUUUCCGCAGUCACUCUGAGUAUCUGGUGCUUUCUUCUUUGCAAUGCAAAUCAUUUUUGACCCUUGCCAUGUAAAUAUGAGUCUGGUUAAAAUAAUAUUGGAUGAUGUGGUCUGGAAUUAAAUGUGUUGGUGAAGGAACUUUAAGUGACCGGCAA